AAGACUGAUGAAGUGGGAGGGGGGUGGAAGCUUACAGUAGGCAACCAUUUUGUUUUCCUCCGUCCUGUCAAAAAACUGGCUGCAGUAAACAAACAAAGGGGCUGAAAACUUUUAGCUAUCCCAUUUCUUUGAGUCCUAUGUUAAGUAAUAUGGCUGCCACCGACGAGCGUGCCAUUUACGCAAAGCUGGAGGCCUUAAAGGAAGUCAGAGCCAAAACCAUGCAGUUGGAGAAAAUGAAACUGAGAAUAAUGCAGGAAGUUGAGGCCAAUGAAGCAGAAGAGAAGUGUCUCUCGGAGUACAAACAAGAGAUGGAUAUGCUGAUGCAAGAGAAGAUGGCUCAUGUUGAAGAACUUCGACAAAUUCAUGCUGAUAUUAAUGCUAUGGAGACUGUCAUUAAACAAGCAGAGGAAUCUCGCAACAGAGCUCUUGACACGGCCAAGCGUAUUCAUGAUGAUUAUAGACCUCUAAAGCAUGAUGUUGAUCGCCUGCGAAGGGAAUAUUUGGGAUUAGAUCGCCUUCCUGAUUUACAUGAGGAAGAGGCAGAUCUUAUUUCACCAGACUACUUUGAUAAACAUGUGAAGACAUCUGACUGGCGAGCCCCAGAUGUGCGUGAUGUUGAACAGGCCAGUAUGGCUAGUCUGGCAAUGCAUUCUCAUUCUCACGGUCACCCAGGCCAUCACCCCCAUACUGCUCACCAUACCCAAAGUGCAGCAGCUUUCCUCACUCCAUCACAACCUUUGCAAUUGGUCCAAGGAAACAAAGCAGAUAACAGGCCAAUGCCACCAGCGCCAGGGCCUGCCCCAACAUUCAGGCAACAACCCCCUCCAAUGAAGUCUUGUCUAUCAUGUCAUCAGCAGAUCCAUCGUAAUGCUCCAAUCUGUCCCCUUUGUAAAGCUAAAUCUCGAAGUAGGAAUCCUAAGAAGCCCAAGAAGAAGGACUAAGCUGUUUCUUGGAUGUACAUAGUGUUCUUUCUGCUGUCUUGAAUAUCUUAUAGUUGUUAAACACUUUGUUUUUCUCUUCUGUCUGUACUUAUUUUACCGGUCAAACUGAUUGUUUGAUCGUUUAUUUGGUGCCAAAUCUUGUCUGAAUCUUUUGAAGGUUUGCAUUAUUACAUUUUUUGUAUGGACUUAAAUUGCACAAUUUGUCGUUUUCUAUCAUUUAAAUUUUAUUUGGUUAUGUGUUAUAACAUUGUGUACUAAUCAUACUUAUACUGUAAUCAUGAGCGAAGCUGUAAUAUAACUUAAUCAUACCCACUAUGGAAAUAGAAUGUGCAAGUACUGGUAUCGUUGAUCCUAUCCUAAGGCUAAAACAUUCUUCUUGUAAAUCAAGUUAAUGCUUGUUUUUGUCUUAUUUUUUCCUUUUUGGAGUAUUAGCCCUUUUUUAAAAAAAAAGAGAUUCCAUAUCUUUUGUCUUCAAACAAUGUGUUGAUUUAUGUAAUUAAACUAGCCAGUUUAAUUGAUUUGUACUUACACUUUUUUUUUCCAUUUUUCUUCUUUUAAUGUUUGUAAGAAGUGGAUUAAUGCUUGUCAAGCUAAGUUAACUUAGCAUCCAACAGACUUGUAGAACUCAUGUAAUAGCCUAAUAGACGAUCUCUUGCACAGAAGUGCUAAGCUUGCUUUAGCUUUGGUUUUAUGGGACUAAAUCUACCCUUCUAAUUAUAUUUUUUGCAAUACGGUAUUAAUUUUAUUGCAGGAAAUGCAAAUGAAGAGUGCAUGUUUGAAAGGAUUAAACGAAUGAACCAUAAACUUACAUUUUAUCUCAAUUUUAGUAUUGGCCAUAUAAGGCAAAUAUGCAUACUACUUAUAGUAACGUGUGUGAAUAUGCUCCCAUAAUUUAAUGUAUUAUUAUGCUUAGUCACUCUAUGUAUUGGUGCCAAUUAUUAAUUUCCCUUUUCUCUUAGAAUGUUGACUGUGUGGUGUUCAGCAUUCAGCACAGCCAAACAAUAAACAAACUGAUGCAUUGAAGUGCUCAUUGUUUAUUGUUUACUACAUAGCUAUUUGAUCAUCUCAAAACGGUAGUAUUGUAAUCCACAAUAUGUAAGUCUCUAGUAUAGACAAAUAUGUUUCAUUUUCUGCACUGCUUGGUCCCUAAUGACCAGCUUUUAUGGUAACUUUGCUGUGGUAAAAUUUGAAAAUUGUCAAAAAAAAAUUAUGGCUAGGGAUUUGAAGUUUUUUUUUUUUUUUUUUUUGGAUGUUUACUUCUUAGUUAAACAUAAACUCAUUUUUUUACUGUAAUCAUUUGACCAUUAAAUUUAUUGAUGAUGUAAUAAUUUAA